AUGAGGGGGAAUCGUCCCAGAUAUCUUUUCGGUUAUACAGCGCCUGCCCACUUUGAGCACAAAAUCAUACCCGGGAAAAGAAACUGUCCGACGGAUGCGAAAUGGCUCGAAGCCAAGGAUGGGUUUACGACCAUCGUUCCGCAGUAA